AUGCAAGUUCUCCCAAACGUUAUGACAGUGCUUUUUUCUGGAAAUAGCAAAUUCAAACUUCUUACUAAGACUCUCCAUGCAGUUGCUAAAUUGUCAUCUUUGUUGUACAUGCGUGGAAUAAGCAAAGACUUUGAUUAUUACAUUGUCCUAAUAAAACAUGCUAUAAAUGAAGUGACAAACCUACUCCUUGCAUUGGACAUACAUAUUAAAAAGAGCAAGCACACUAAGCAGGGUCUCACUUUCAAGCCCAAAGUUCACCUCCUCCAUCACAUAGCUAAAGACAUCGUUUGUUUCGGAUUAGUUCUCCAAUACGAGACAGAGAACGGUGAACAAUUUAAUAAGUUCAUCUGUGAGCAUCUUUUCCAAACUAACAGACAAUCAACUUCUCGAGAUGUUGCUCUCAGAUUUGGAAAGCAAUUCAUUUGCCAUUAUUUGUGUAAUGGCGGAUAUUACAAUGCAAUGAGAGACGUGAAUGGAACAAGUCAGCAAGUGAGAUGCACUGCUGGAAAAUAUGUACAGGAACUAUCUGUAUCUCCUGAAUUCAGAAGGCACUUCUUUGGGUCACGGCCUAAUAGUGACAAUUCUGGUUUGCUGACUCCCACUUUGUGCGAUACACUUGCAGGUGUUUUUCAAGCAAAUGGUCAAAUCUUUCUUGGUCAGGUCAAAACAAUUUCCACACAAGACAUUAUGAAUAAUUUUGUUAAAAAAUAUUACAUGCAAAAGUAUCAAAUGAUACCUAGCAAUAGUAUUGAAUGCAUAUACACUCCUUCUGUAAUAACUGCUAAUGUGCAUAACAUUGUUGUUGUUCCUUUUGGCCAUCUCCUGGAGAUUUGUGAAGAAGAAGUUGAAGUUGUCCAAGCUAUAGACAUUCUCUUGCAGCAUGGCAACAAUAGCAGAGAAAAACUGCUUAACGUUGAGAAGUUUGAUGUGUUUUGGUGGAUGUUAAUGAACAUUGCCAAAAUUGCAUACUAA